AGACGCAUGCUGAAAAGUUGUCCAAAGUGUACCAGCCACUACGCUCUGCCCUCUUAACAAAAAGUAUAGUAUCUGUUGCACACCUUCUUGCUGCUCGACAAGACUUCUCCAAGAUUCUACGCACAAGCAGCGGAAAGAUAAGAGAGAAGUCUGCUUGUGCCAUUAACAAGGUCCUCAUGGGCCGAGUACCUGACAGAGGAGGACGUCCCUGUGAGAUUGAACCUCCACCUCCAGAGAUGCCCUCGUGGCAGAAGCGCCAGGAUCCUCCUCAAGGUGGAGGACACUAUGGCGGCGGUGGGCAUGGAGGUGGAAGAGGGGGCUAUGACCACUACUCCCAAGGUGGCCGUGGAGGAUAUGAGAGAGGAGGACAUGGAGACAGGGGUGGCAGAGGAAGAGGUGGAAAGGUGCAAGGAGGGUGGGGAGAAGGAGGUGGGGGAGGGAGAGGCAGUUACAGCCAGGGCCACUUUCAAGAUGCAGGAGGUUAUCAGGGGGGAGGAGGGAGAAGUGGGCAUGGAGGAGGAGGGAACCACCAAGGAGGCCUCCAGGAUCCUGGCUACCAUGCAGGAGGGGGAGCUGGAGGCGGUUACCAUGACAAUUUCCAUCAAGAUGGUGGAAGGCAUCAGGAGAGAGGCGGGAGUCGAGGAGGUCGAGGGGGCAGGGGAAGAGGAGGCCGAGGAGGAGGAGGAGGAGGAGGAGGCCUACGAAGAAAUGGAAGACGAAUACUCCAGGACCAUUCGUCUGUUGUUUAUCAGAUGUGUGGCUCUUCCUGGUGUAACGGAGGAGUUGUGGACAGAGGAGAAUGAGAGGGCUUUGGAUCAAUUCAUUGUUGACGACACAAUCACAACCAUGGUGGUGUACCUGGACACUGACUCCAAGCUGUGGGUGGAAUACUCCAUACCUGUACAGGUGGUGGAGCAGCUGUGCUAUUUUAUCCGCAAACCAGGAGCCAUUAUCACAGCAGAGACAUUUGAUUCAGCUGUACAGUUUGGCAUGCUUCGAGAAAACCCCAUCCAAAGGCUGCUCCAUGAAAUGAUCUGUUUGCAUGCACCGCCAGUCGCCCUCUCAACCUACAGCCAGAAGAGCAUCAAAGACAACUAUGCCAACAACAUGCACUGCUUCCUGGCCUGCCUCUCGGAUGAUGUGUAUAAGAAGAUGGGCAACACAGUGCUGUAUAUCCCAAUAGAAGCCCUACAGUGCAGCCCUGAGGAGGCAAGAAAGGACAAGAAGCUGGUACAAAGAAUGGAGAGUGUUGUGAUCCACUGGACAGAUCAGAUCAAGGAGCUACUGAAUGAUCAAGAAGUAAUGGAGAUGGGGGACACAUGUGGCCCACUGCAGGAGAUAGCAUUCUGGAAGAACCGCUCUGCCAAGCUUUUGGACAUCAGCCUGCAGCUACAAAAGCCAAAGGUCAAACACAUCCAGAAGAUCCUGCAACUCUCAAAGUCUAUCUAUGAACAUCGCUUCUUCAAACUGGCCAAGGAGAUCCAGGAUUGCUCUUUACAGGCUAAAUCAAACCUGACCUACCUGUCCAUACUGAAGGAGCCCUUUGAAGAGUUUGCCAAGCUCAAGCCUAACCAAGUUACUCCUAAGCUGUGUCACAUUGUCAGUCUCAUUCGCAUCAUUUGGGUUAACUCCGACCACUACAACACUAAUGAGAGGAUCACUGGCCUCUUCCGCAAGAUGAGUAAUGAGGUCAUCAGCCUGUGCUUUAAAAGCAUCUCUCUGGACAGGAUCUUUGAAGGCUUUGUAUUAUCCAGCAAAGAAAACCUUAAUGACUGUAUCCAGUGCUGCCUGUCCUGGAAGGAAGUUUACCAGAAUGCAUCAAAUGUUCAUACCAAGUGUUCCCCUAAAGGUUGGAUGCUGGACCAAACCAGCAUCUUUGUGGUGGUUGAUGCUUUUGUUCAGAGGUUCAAAGACCUGCUUGAGGUAUGUGACUGCCAGCAUCAGUUUGCCCGUUGGGAGGAUGGUCAGCAGAGGCCCCUGCCAUGCUUUAGUGGAGGACAAGGACCAGAGUUCACCCGGUCCCUCCUGGAGCUAGAAAGUAUCUUCCACCGUGGCCUGCAGAACCUGCGCUCUGUCGUUAAGAGCAUCUUUGAUGUCGAGAACACCAUUUGGUUCAGAGAAUUCAACAAGUUUCGUGCAGUAGUAAAGGAUCUGGAAAUGAUGAUGCAGAACCUGAUCAGUUCCAUUUUUAAAACAGUAAACACAGUGGAGGAAGGAGUUCGGCUUCUGGACAUUUUUAGACCUAUGUCUACUCGAGAGGCUAUAAGGCGCACCACAGAAGAGAAGGUCGAAGAAGUGUACAAUGUCUUCAACAAGGAGCUUAAAAUGGUCAACAAGGAGUUGAACCAGAAGACAAGAGUUUGCCCUGACCAUAUACCUCCAAUAUCAGGACAGGCCCACUGGGUGAGGGCCCUCAGACAUCGCCUAGACAAACCCAUGGAGUUGCUCCAAACGGCCCAUUUUAUGCAUGAAUCAUAUAGCUGCAAGCAGGUCAUUUUCUCCAAUGGCCAAAUGGUGCAGGUUUUGGAUGAGUUGGUGAGGAAGAAUUUCAGUAUGUGGAGCCAGAAGCUGGACGGUCAGUACAUCAAGAGGCUUGAGCAGCCACUCAUGGUGCGCUGCAAGGACAACACCGCCAAGUUGGACAUCAAUUUUGACAAUAAUCUAUUGAACAUGUUUUCUGAGAUCCAGUACUGGGAUCGACUUAAGUUUGAAAUCCCACAGAGUGUAUCUGACAUUUGUCAGGACAGGGAGGACUUCAGAGGCCUGAGAGAGGGAACACUGCUGUUGAUCAGGGACUACAACAGGAUCAUUGGAAUGCUGUCUCCUGACGAGCAUGGUCUGUUUCGGGAGAGGAUUCGCUUCUUAGAUAAGAAGAUUCAGCCGGGGUUGUCAAGGCUCCUGUGGUUGUCAAAGGGAGCUUCAAACAUCUUCAUCCGAGAGUGUCUUGUACACAUUGAAAAGGUCCGGGUCAUAGUUAAUGAAUACAAAGUAUCCAAUCUAUCAAUUUCCAACCUCUGUCGCCAGAUGAGUGAAGCACUACUGAUUAAAGUCAAUGGAAAGACUGUGUACAGGAACCAGGAGUUUGAAGAUGACCAGAAAGCUCACCAGAAAAGCCAACUCCAAAUACUACGCUCAGCACACCAGGAUAUUGUUGAUACCAUGAACCGUAUUCACAGCACCUUCUCUAAUGAUGGACCUGAGGUCCAUGAACACUGGGUUCACUACACAGAAAAGGUAGACAACAUGGUUGAGGAAGCCCUAAGGAGCAACAUCAAGCAGUCCAUGAAGAAGCUAUCCAGGGCCAUCAAUGGAGACAGAAAGACAUCGCCCAAUCCGUUGUUCAAAGUCCUAGUGGUUCUGCACCAGACAGCCUCUGAAUCUCCACCAAUGAUUGAGUUCUCCCCGACACUAGGAAAACUUUCUCAACUAGUGAACAUUUUGCCUCAGCUCAUACACACAACCUCAGGAUUCAAACGUCUGCCUGAACUUCUCUCUGGCAAGAAGUCACAGGGGAAUCCCAUAUGUAUCCACUUGGAACAAGACGAGGAGAUUCAGAAGAUUCAGGCAGCUGUUUCCACGGGGAUGACGGCUAAUGCGAGCCACCUGCAAGCCUAUCUGAAGACCUGGGACAAAUACAGGGACAUCUGGCAAACCAACAAGGACUCUGUUAUACAACGCUACCAGAGACAAAACCCUGGAGUCUCUGCUUUUGAUGCAGAUAUACAAAGAUACACAGAAGAGGCCAACAGUGUUGAACAGGAAAAGACAGUAUUGGCAAUCCGGUUCAUCACGCUGGACUGUUCACCACUCAAGUCGUCCUUGAUGCAGCACUGCAGUGAGUGGCAAACCAAGUUCACUCAGCUGCUCAGCCACAUGGCAAGCACUCGCCUUAAAGAUCUUCAUGACUCUUUGCAAGACAAUGCCAACAGGCUCACACAACCACCCCAAACACUGGCUGAGCUUGGGGAGAGCCUGAAGCUCUUAGAGACUCUUAAGAGCAAUUUGCCGAAAACAGAGGCUCAGAUUCCUCUUAUCCAUGAUCAGUUUGCUAUUCUGGACAAAUAUGAGGUCCCUGUGGAACUGCUUGUGCAGAAUAUGCGAGAGGUGCUGAAUGGAGAGUGGGUGUGGUUCCAGCGGGUUUUGAUUGAGAGUGAUAUCACGCUGCAAAAGCACAAGGAGAAGUUUAAGAACGGCCUCAUCCUCUCCUCUGAGGAGUUAAAGAAGAAAGUCCAGACAAUGGUGCAGGAGUUCCAGAGCACAGGUCCGUUUGACAGCGUGCUAAGCACUAAGAUGGCCUUAACUCAAAUAGCUGAGCAUCACAGUGAACUGGAGGCUCUGAAACAGGAAGAGACCACCAUCCUUCAUGGGCUGGGCGUUUUUAAGAUAGACCAGUCUCCCAACAAAGGCAUCCUCACACUGGAAAAGGACAUAGAGCACCUGCAGCAGGUCUGGGAGAUAACAAGGGAAUGGAAUGUCAUGUGGAACAACUGGAAGGUUGGUCAGUUUGCUACGCUGCGGACAGAAAGCAUGGAGAACAUAGCACAGGACAUGUUCAAAAAAGUCAAUAAGCUGCAAAGAGAACUAAAGGAUAAAGAGUGGGAUAUAGUUAAUGUCUCAAAGAGCAAGAUUGAGCAGUUCAAGAGGAUCAUGCCUCUCAUCGCCGAUCUGAGGAACCCAGCCAUGAGAGACAGGCACUGGAAACAGAUAUGCGAAGAGCUGCAGUGCACUUUUGACCAGAACAGCGCUGAAUUUACCCUGGAGAAGAUGAUCUCUCUGGGCCUGGACAAGUAUGCAGAAAAGAUCUGUGAGAUCUCCGGAGCUGCAAGCAAGGAACUCUCCAUAGAGCAGGGUCUGGAUGACAUUAUUAAGACUUGGAAGGAUACAUUGCUCGACAUAGCACCUUACAAACAUGAAGGCCACUACCGGCUGAGAGGAACUGAAGAGGUUUUCCAGGCCCUGGAGGACAAUCAGGUUAUUCUGUCAACAAUGAAGGCUUCUCGCUUUGUCAAGGCCUUUGAGCGGGAGGUGGACUGCUGGGAACGGCAACUAUCACAGAUACUGGAAGUCAUAGAGAUGAUCCUCGUUGUACAACGUCAAUGGAUUUAUCUGGAGAAUAUUUUCCAAGGAAAAGACAUCCGAGAGCAACUGCCUAAUGAGUGUAAAGAGUUUCAAGACGUUAGCUCUAAUUGGAAGAUCAUCAUGGGACGACUCUAUGCGAAUAACAACGCUUUGCAAGGAACUAAACACCCGGGCUUGCUGGAGAGCUUAACAGAGAUGAGUGCCAAGCUGGAGGAGAUCCAGAAGGCCCUCGACAUGUAUCUGGAGACCAAGAGGCAGAUCUUCCCAAGAUUCUACUUCCUGUCUAAUGAUGAUGUGCUGGAGAUCCUAGGCCAGUCACAGAAUCCACAAGCCAUGCAACCCCACUUGAAGAAGUGCUUUGACAACAUCAAGAGCUUGCGCAUCAAAAAGAGCAGCAUGAUGUCAAAUGCGCAGGGGAUGUUCUCUGCUGAUGGGGAGUAUAUCAGGUUCCUGGAUGAAGUUAAUCUGGACAGACCUGUGGAGUUGUGGCUGUGUGACGUCGAGGCGACCAUGCGUAUUACACUCAAAGACUUGUUAUGGAAAUGCCUUGAAACUCUAAAGAGGAUGACAGGACAGAGAGACAAAUGGGUCAAGGAAUGGCCAGGACAGAUGCUCAUCACAGCAAGUCAGAUCCAGUGGACCACUGAUGUUACAAAAGCUCUUCUUAACAGCAAGGAUAGAUCUGAGAAGUCCUCUCUUAAGUCCAUGAAGAAGAAACAGGUCACCAUGCUUCAGAGGUAUUCAGAAAGCAUCCGUGGCAACCUCACCAAAGUGCUACGUCUUAAGAUAGUAGCGCUUGUCACAGUGGAGGUCCAUGCGAGGGAUGUCAUUGAUAAGCUGGCCAAAGCAGGCUGCAGUAACAUUAAUGCCUUUGAGUGGCUCUGCCAGCUGCGGCUAUACUGGGAAAAGGAAAUAGAGGAUUGCAUAAUCCGACAGACCAACACACAUUUCAAGUAUGGAUACGAGUACCUGGGCAACUCUGGACGCCUUGUCAUCACUCCUCUUACUGACAGGUGUUACAUGACCCUGACGACAGCACUCCAUCUCCAUCGAGGGGGCUCUCCUAAAGGUCCAGCUGGCACUGGGAAAACAGAGACUACAAAGGACUUAGGCAAAUCUCUGGGCAUGUAUGUGAUCGUAAUCAACUGCUCUGAAGGACUGGACUACAAGUCCAUGGGACGGAUGUACUCUGGUCUGGCACAGACAGGAGCGUGGGGUUGCUUCGACGAGUUCAAUCGUAUCAACAUCGAGGUGUUGUCUGUAGUGGCCCAGCAGAUCCUCUCCAUCUUGUCUGCCCUCUCGGCCAAACAAACCAAGUUCCACUUUGAUGGACAGCACAUACAUCUUGUCCGAUCAUGUGGAAUUUUUAUCACUAUGAAUCCUGGUUAUGCUGGUCGGUCCGAGCUCCCAGACAACCUUAAGUCUAUGUUCAGACCUAUCUCUAUGGUGGUGCCAGACUCCACUCUGAUUGCUGAGAUAAUACUGUUUGGAGAAGGCUUCAACAACUGCAAGCUUCUGGCUAAGAAAGUGUUCACCCUGUACUCCCUAGCUGUGCAGCAGCUCUCUAAACAGGACCACUACGAUUUUGGACUGCGAGCCCUAACUUCCUUGCUUCGUUAUGCCGGGAAGAAGCGCCGAGUUUGCCCUAACGUACCCGAUGAAGAAGUUCUGCUUAUGGCGAUGAAAGACAUGAACAUAGCCAAACUGUCGUCUUCAGAUGUUCCGCUGUUCAACGGGAUUACCCAGGACUUGUUUCCUGCUGUAGAGACACCUGUUAUAGACUAUGGCAAACUGAAGGAGGCUAUAGAGGCUGAGCUUCGACAGAAUGGUUUGCAGGUUUCUGCUUUUGCACUGACAAAAGUCAUCCAACUUUAUGAGACCAAAAACUCUCGACACUCCACCAUGCUGGUGGGAAAGACUGGCAGCGCUAAGAGUGUUACCUGGAGGAUCCUGCAGUGUGCUCUCACUGCCAUGCAUCACAAGGGAGUGCCUAGUUUCCAGUUGGUCCUGGAUUUCCCUCUAAACCCCAAAGCGAUGAGUCUAGGAGAGCUGUAUGGAGAGAAUGACCUCUCAACCAAUGAGUGGAGUGAUGGAGUGCUUUCCACCCUCAUGAGAACCGCCUGCGCAGAUGACAAACCAGAUGAGAAGUGGAUAGUGUUUGACGGGCCUGUUGACACACUUUGGAUAGAGAGUAUGAACUCUGUCAUGGAUGACAACAAGGUGCUAACACUCAUCAAUGGAGAGAGAAUUUCCAUGCCCGAACAGGUGUCUCUGCUGUUUGAAGUGGAGAACCUGGCACAGGCCUCUCCAGCUACUGUGUCCCGCUGUGGGAUGGUCUACAAUGAUUACGCUGAUCUGGGAUGGAAGCCUUUUGUUCAAUCCUGGCUGGACAAACGACACAAGGCUGAAGUGGAACAUUUAAAGCCGUUAUUUGAGAAGUAUAUAGAGAGCACGCAGGACUUUAAGAAGGUCAACUGUAAGGAGCUGAUUCCAAUCACUGAGCUUAAUGGAAUCACCUCAUGCUGCCGUCUCUAUGACUCCCUAGCUACAUCCAGCAAUGGGAUAAAUACCUCCAACACAGAAAACCUGGGUAGGAUGGUCUCUCUGUGGUUCGUCUUCAGCCUUAUCUGGUCCAUCUGUGCCUCUGUUGAUGAGGAUGGACGCAGGAAGAUCGACAACUUCCUGCGGGAGAUGGAGGGAACAUUCCCCAUCAGGGACACAGUUUAUGAGUAUUAUGUGGACACCAAGAACAAAAUCUGGGCUUCUUUUGAAGAAAAACUGCCUAAGAGCUGGCGCUACAAUGCAGAGGCUCCAUUCUAUAAAAUAAUGGUUCCUACAGUGGACACAGUUCGCUACAACUUCUUAGUGGAGGCUCUGGUGUUAGGUCAGUACCCAGUGCUGAUCUCUGGGCUAGUGGGCACUGGAAAAACCUCAGUGGCCCAGAGCAUCCUGCAGGACUUAGAUAACAAGUGGACUGCCUUGACUAUCAACAUGUCUUCACAGACAACGUCUAAUAACAUCCAAGCCAUAGUGGAGAGUCGCAUAGAGAAGAGAACCAAAGGCGUGUUUGUGCCAACAGGAGGGAAGCGCCUGCUUUGUUUCCUGGAUGACCUAAACAUGCCAGCUCAUGACCUCUUUGGCUCCCAGCCACCGCUGGAACUGCUGCGCCUUUGGAUCGACUAUGGCUUCUGGUAUGACCGCCAGAAACAGACCCUAAAGUUUGUCAAGGACAUGUUCUUGUUGGCAUCAAUGGGACCUCCUGGUGGAGGGAGGACUCACAUUUCUGGGCGCUUACAGAGUCGAUUCAACCUCAUCAAUAUGACCUUCCCUAAUGAGUCCCAGAUCAGACGGAUCUACAGUACCAUGAUCAACCAAAAGCUGCAGGGGUUUAAGGAGGAGGUGAAGCCCAUUGGAGACAUUCUGACCCAGGCCACCUUAGAACUGUAUUAUGCUGUUUCUGCUCGUUUUCUUCCCACUCCAGCAAAGAUACACUACCUCUUCAACCUCAGGGAUAUCUCCAAGGUCUUUCAAGGUCUGUUAAGAGCUCACCCUGACUUCCAUGAUACCAAAAACAACAUCACUCGACUCUGGAUCCAUGAGUGCUUCAGAGUCUUCUCGGACAGGCUUGUAGAUCGCAGUGACAUUGAGGUCUUUACUGCUUUGCUUGGGGAGAAACUGGCCUCACUCUUUGACCUCACGUUCCACAACAUCUGCCCUAACAAACAGCCACCUAUAUUUGGUGAUUUCCUGAGCGGUUCUGGUGUGUAUGAAGACCUGCUGGAUGUCAAAGGUCUUAAGAAGUUCAUGGAGACGCAGCUGGAAGACUACAACUUGACACCGGGUGUAGUGCCCAUGAGCCUGGUGCUCUUCCGUGAUGCUAUUGAACACAUAACUCGAGCAGUACGUGUGAUCAGUCAGCUUAGGGGCAACAUGCUGCUGGUCGGUGUGGGAGGUUCUGGUAGACAGAGCCUGUCUAAGAUGGCUGCCUUCAUCUGUGAUUACCAGGUGUUCCAGGUGGAAGUCACCAAGCAGUACCGCAAACAGGAGUUCAGAGAUGAUAUCAAGAAGCUGUACCGUUUGACUGGUGUCGACAACAAGCCUACAAUCUUCCUGUUCAAUGACACUCAGAUUGUAGAUGAGUCCUUCCUUGUGGACAUCAAUAAUAUCCUAAGCUCUGGAGAGGUGCCUAACCUCUACAAGCCGGAUGAGUUUGUUGAGGUAUGCAACGCUCUGUCAGAGUCAGCCAGGAAAGACAAAGUGGUGGAGACUCCUGACUCGUUAUUUCACUACCUGAUCGAGCGAGUGAGGAACAACCUGCACAUAGUUCUCUGUAUGAGUCCAGUGGGAGAGCCCUUCAGAAACCGCAUCCUUCAAUAUCCGGCACUGGUAAACUGUGCCUCCAUUGACUGGUUCUGUGAGUGGCCCAAAGACGCCCUGCUGGAGGUAGCUGAGAGGUACUUGGAUGGAAUGGACCUGGGCUCCCUGGAGGGGAUCCAGACAAAGGUUGCCAGUAUCUUUGUGACAACACAUCAGUCGGUAGCGCAGGUCUCUGAACGGAUGAAGUUGGAGUUGAGGAGAUAUAAUUAUGUGACAGCCACCAAUUACCUGGAGCUGGUGUCUGGAUACAAAAAGCUGUUGGCAGAGAAACGCAGUGAAUUGGGAGAGCAGGUGAGCAAGCUGCGUAAUGGCCUAUUCAAGAUCAGUGAUACCCGGGAGAAGGUGGAGGCCAUGUCUGUUGAGCUGGAGGAGGCCAAGAAGCAGGUGGCCGACUUCCAGAAGCAGUGUGAAGAGUACCUGUCUGUCGUCGUACAGCAGAAACGAGAGGCCGAUAAGCAGCAGAUAACUGUGAGUGCUAACAGUGAGAAAAUUGGAGCAGAAGAGUUGCAGUGUAAAGCUAUGGCUGAGAAUGCACAGAGAGACCUGGAUGAGGCCCUUCCUGCCCUUGAAGAGGCCAUGAAGGCUCUGGAGUCUCUGAAUAAGAAGGACAUGACAGAGAUCAAGUCAUACGGCCGUCCUCCAACACUGGUAGAGACAGUAAUGCAGGCUGUCAUGAUCCUUCUGUGCAAAGAGCCGACCUGGGCAGAGGCCAAGAGACAGCUGGGUGAGUCCAACUUCAUCAAAACAUUAGUUAACUUUGACAAAGACAAUAUAUCAGACCGCGUGUUGAAGAAGAUCGGCCAGUAUUGCAGGCAGGCAGAUUUCCUUCCAGAGACUAUCGGCAAAGUGUCACUAGCGGCCAAAUCCCUCUGUAUGUGGGUCAGAGCCAUGGAGGUUUAUGGGCGUAUCUUCAGGGUGGUGGAGCCAAAGAGGGCCCAGCUGAACACUGCCACCACCCAGCUAGCCGAGAAACAGGCUGCAUUGGCGGAGGCCCAGAACAAACUAAGAGAGGUGGCUGAAAAGCUAGAGCACCUGAAGAAGCAGCACGGUGAGAAGCUGGCCAUGAAGGAGAGUUUGAGGAGGAAAUCCGAGGAGAUGGAGGUGAAGCUUGAUCGAGCUGACAAACUGGUAACUGGACUUGCUGGAGAGAGGGUCCGCUGGGAGGAAAGAGUUGCUGGUCUUGAAGAAAACAUGGGAUACCUGGUAGGAGACUGCCUACUAGCAGCAUCUUUCCUUUCCUACAUGGGACCCUUUCUUUCCAACUAUAGAGAUGAGUUGCUUGCCAUCUGGCUGAAGGAGGUCAGAGACUUUGAAAUUCCAUGCACUCCCGGGUUCAGUUUCUCAACAUUUCUGUCCAAGCCUACAUCAGUAAGGGACUGGAACAUUCAAGGCCUGCCCUCUGAUGCAUUCUCUACUGAGAAUGGAGUUAUUGUCACUCGUGGAAACCGAUGGCCACUGAUGGUGGACCCUCAAGGCCAAGCUCUGAAGUGGAUCAAGAAUAUGGAAAUAACAAGAGGUCUGAAAGUGAUAGACUUUCAAAUGCCAGACUACCUGCAUAUACUGGAGAAUGCCAUCCAGUUUGGGAGUCCUGUUUUGCUGCAGAAUGUCCACGAGGAGUUGGAACCCUCUCUCAACCCAGUUCUUAACAAGUCCCUUACACGGGCAGGCGGCAGGCUGCUAUUGAAGCUUGGUGAUAAGGAAGUGGAGUAUAAUCCAGAGUUUCGUUUCUAUAUCACCACCAAACUCUCAAACCCCCACUACACACCAGAAAUUUCUACAAAGACCACCAUAGUCAACUUUGCUGUCAAGGAGCAGGGCCUUGAAGCCCAGCUACUGGGAAUUGUGGUGCGUAAGGAGUGUCCAGAACUAGAAGAGCAGAAGGACUCUUUGGUCAUCAGCAUUGCUUCUGGAAAGAAAAGCCUGCAGCAGCUGGAGGAUGAGAUUCUCAGGCUGCUUAAUGAGGCGACUGGCUCUCUACUGGACGAUGUGCAGCUGGUGAACACCCUGCAAACAUCCAAAGUCACAGCCACUGAGGUUUCAGAUCAGCUGGAGAGCAGUGAACAGACCGAAAUAGAGAUUGAUUCUGCAAGAGAGGCCUAUCGCCCGUGUGCCCAGCGAGCCUCCAUUCUCUUCUUCAUCCUCAACGAUAUGGGCCGCAUCGAUCCAAUGUACCAGUUCUCACUGGAUGCCUACAUUAACCUGUUUAACCUCAGCAUUAAAAAAAGCAAGCGCAGCCAAAAGCUGGAAGAAAGGAUUACCAACCUCAAUGACUACCACACAUAUGCAGUAUACAGGUACACGUGUCGAGGUCUGUUUGAGGCCCACAAGCUGCUUUUCAGCUUCAGAAUGUGUGCCAAAAUCCUGGAGGUGGCUGGCAAACUCAACAUGGAUGAGUACAGCUUCUUCCUACGAGGAGGACUUGUUCUUGAUAAGGAGGAUCAGAUGAACAAUCCAUGUACCAGUUGGCUGACAGACUCCUGCUGGGACAACAUCACAGAGCUGGAUAAGCUUCCAAAUUUCAAAGGCAUUAUGACCUCCUUUGAACAGCAUCCCCUAGACUGGAACCAUUGGUUCACCAGUGCUGAGCCAGAGAAUGCCACACUGCCAGGUAAUUGGAACCGCUGUAAUGAGCUGCAGAAGAUGUUGAUUGUUCGGUCGUUGCGUCAGGACCGUGUCUCUGUGUGUGUCACCUCCUUCAUUGUAAACAACCUGGGCUCACGCUUUGUGGAGCCACCUGUUCUUGAUAUGAAGGCAGUUGUGGAAGAAUCCACAUGCAGGACUCCUCUGAUCUUUGUGCUGUCUUCUGGUGUGGACCCAACAGGAGCCCUGUUGCAGCUUGCUGACGCCUCUGGCAUGAGCAAUCAUUUCCAUGCUCUGUCUCUGGGUCAGGGGCAGGCCCCCAUUGCUAAGAGCAUGAUAGAGGAGGGUGUCAAGACUGGUCACUGGGUGUUCCUUGCCAACUGCCACCUUUCUCUCUCGUGGAUGCCUGAGUUGGACAAGCUGGUGGAGCAGCUACAGGUGGAAAAGCCAAACAAAAACUUCAGACUCUGGCUGAGCUCUUCCCCACAUCCUGAAUUUCCCAUCACCAUACUGCAGGCUGGCAUCAAGAUGACCACUGAACCACCAAAGGGUAUAAAAGCCAACAUGAAGCGUCUCUACCAGCUGGUGACCGAGGAUCAGUUCAACCGCUGUUCAAGACCUGUCUUAUACAGGAAGCUGCUCUUCUCCCUCUGUUUCUUUCACAGCAUACUGCUGGAGAGGAAGAAGUUUUUACAGCUGGGAUGGAAUAUAGUCUAUGGCUUCAACGAUUCUGACUUUGAGGUGAGUGAGAAUCUGUUGAGUCUGUACCUGGAUGAGUAUGAGGAGAUUCCAUGGGAUGCACUGAAGUAUCUCAUUGCUGGGGUCAACUAUGGAGGUCAUGUGACAGACGACUGGGAUAGACGUCUUCUUACCACUUACAUCAACGGCUACUUCUGUGACUCUGCAGUAGACCAGCCCUUCUUUAAGUUGUCCUCCUUAACCUCCUAUUACAUCCCCCGCGAUGGUCCCCAGUCCUCAUACAAGGAACAUAUCAGUAUGCUGCCUUCCACAGAGCACCCUGAGGUGUUUGGCCAACACUCUAAUGCAGAUAUAGCCAGCCAGAUCGCAGAGUCCAGGACACUGUUUGACACCUUACUCUCUCUGCAACCCCAAGUCACCAGUCCCACUGCUGCAGGGGCCGGGCCAAGUAGAGAAGAAAAGGUAUUAGAGCUGCUGUCAGAUGUUCAAGGGAAGAUCCCAGCAUUGAUUGACUUCGAGGGCACCCGGUCGUUGCUCCAGGACAACCCUUCACCUCUUAAUGUGGUCCUUCUGCAAGAAAUCCAGAGAUACAACGCACUACUGAACACCAUCAUUUCGUCCCUGGUGGAGCUGGAGAAAGGGAUCACAGGCUUAGUGGUGAUGUCAUCAAGCUUGGAGGAGAUCUUCCACUGCAUCUAUGACGCCCGUGUACCACCACUGUGGGAGAAGGCUUACCCCUCCCUGAAGCCCCUGGCAGCUUGGACCAGGGAUCUUUCCCAGCGAGUCACUCAGUUUGCACGCUGGGCUGAGACGGUUCAGCCCCCCACCUUGUUCUGGCUUUCUGGCUUCACCUUUCCAAACAGUUUCCUCACUGCUGUUCUGCAGUCCUCUGCUCGACAGAACAAUAUUUCAGUGGAUACUCUGUCUUGGGAGUUUGUAGUGUCCACUGUAGAUGACAGCAACCUCCUCUCCCCGCCUAAGGAUGGGGUAUUUAUCCGAGGUCUGUUCCUGGAAGGGGCUGGUUGGGACAAGAAGAACUCUUGUCUGGUAGAAGCAGAACCAAUGCAGAUGGUCUGUCCCAUUCCAACCAUUAACUUCAAACCUGUGGAAAACCGCAAGAAGAUGUCCAAGAGUAUGUACCUGUGUCCGUGUUACUUCUACCCAGUUCGAUCGGGCGGGGCAGGCAGAGCUUCUUUUGUGGUCAGCAUUGAACUCAAAUCUGGAGCUGUGACCCCAGACCACUGGAUCAAAAGAGGAACUGCACUUCUACUGAGCCUAGACAACUAAGGGACUAUACACACUCACACAUUGACUCUUUUUUAAUUAUUUUUACAUUUUUAAAGGCUACAAGGCCACAACAGAGGAUAAAUGACAUGUUGAUUCUGUAACUUCUCUUCACAUGCAAGGUAACAGUAAAAGUGCUGAGUCACUCCUAAAGACAUUUGAGUUGGUCUCUUUCUGGUCUGGUUUGUUUCUCUCUUUGUCUUAUUUUCAUUAUGUCAGCUUAACGAUAAGUCACCUCAUAACAGACCUACAUCAGCCUUUCCAUGCGGACAUAGACACAGGCAUACACCGGGGAUAGUCUCCUGCUGUGAGGUGGAACCUUGCUUCUUUGUAACAUCUGGAUAAAGUUACUGUCUGCUCAUGUAAGGGUCUCGAUGUGCUCAUUGAAUCUUUGACAAAACACUUCAGAAAAAAUACAGCCACACAAUAUCUCCUCUGACAUAAAUGAGAAUGAAUGCUUCAGUUAUU